CCUUGCUGGACGAAGGAUGAAAGCAAGAAGUUGUCUUGGAGGACGAAAGGCUACCUCUCUUCUCCCUUGCAAUAGGCAAAGGCCCUCGGGCUGCCUGCUUGCUGCAAGUCGUCAUAGUCACCUAGGGCGGCAGUCGGUGCUUGCGCGACAUGACAGAACUGUCAUUCGCCCGUAUACAGCCGUCGCCUCCUUGGCGCCAGUAACGGAAGCCUCUAUAGCUUCUGAAGGUGGGCAAAUGCGACGUUUGAAAAAGAUGCAGACCUUGCUCUCGGCUGAGAACUAUGAUGGCGUUGUGCACGAAUUCAAGCGGGCCGCUCACCGUGGAAAUGUUUCCGAGGACUUUUUCGGAGUAGUAUUAGAAGCAUGUUCGAGAUUGGGUGACUUGGAGACGGCCAUGCGGUUACUGGAAACAAUGAAGCUCAAAGGAAUCCCGCUGUCAACUGACGUCUAUACUACUCUGUUGAAGGCAGCUGCUAAAGGUCCAAAUGCAGUUGAGAGAGUUGUGAGGCUUUUGACAAUCUUGGAGAAGGAGGCAGGGGAUGGAUCGUCGCUUACAGAAAACAGUUACCUUGUCGUUGCAAAGACGUUGCUGAUGUCGAAUGAACGACGCUACGUGAAGGCAGCCCUCACAGUUCUAGAGCGCCUGCAGGGGAAGGUGGAUAGUACCAAGAUCCUGGGUCUGGAGAUCUUGGCUUUGGGUAACUUGGAUGAAGUGGAAGAGCUUUCGUCAAGGAUAUCAUCUGCACCCGACUCCGUGAUCAGUUGUGAUUUUUGGGCAUAUUGCACGAUUGCUCUGCACCGAUGUACCUCAGUAAAAGACCGCCAUGAGAAAUGUGUUUCCGCAUAUUCUGCUUUACUGCAUGCGAUAGACGCGCAGGCAAAAGAGCAUACAUUUUUCGACCCAGAGCGUCAAGACCUGAUUGUCAUGGCCACAAGAGCAGUUUUCGACUCCAUCCAGACCGAGGGUAAGCUCGCCGAAGCGCUGACGAUACGAAGGCAGGGCCAAGCAGUAUUUCGUACCAUGUUGAUAACCCAGCGGCAGCGUGACCAGCUGUAUAAAGAGCUGGACAGCGGGACGCUACGUGUACUGCGUGCGGCGUUGAUUGAAUCCCUAACGCGUAGAGAAGCCGCAACAUCACGUCGUACACUGCACCAGGAGUGGACAACAAUUGUGGAUAAUAUGCGAUAUCGAAGGGUGCUCCAGGAUGCAGAUGCAUGCUAUGUGGUGUUGGAUCUUCACAUCCUUGCCAGCAAAGAUGGUCUGUCUUCGAUGGAGAAUGCCACGCAAUUGUUUGAGGACAUGAAAAAAGAGGGACUGCGUCCGAAUAGGGAAAUAUACAACUUGUUGAUGCAAGGUUGGGCGUCAAUGGAAUCGUUGGAUAGUGAGCACAGGCUGCGACAGGUUUUGCAAAUCUUUGAAGCUCUACGGCGAGCCGGUCAUAUACCGGACGUGGGCUCAUAUACUGCGCUUUUUACCGCUUGUGCUCCGCUGAAUGAAGAGAUGACCCGCGACGUCACGUCGGGUCAAGCGGCGGCGGUUUUGGAAUAUGAACUACAAAUGCUGAGAGAAGGCGUUGUUCAUGAUGCCAAAAGUACUCAUGCUAUCAUUGAUGCUCUCCUGGGACUUGGGCAAUAUGAGGAAGCGACACAGCGUUUCGUGGACAUGCGACUGACCGGGAUUCCAAGAGAUCUGGAGUUGUACAAUACCAUGAUUUGGAGAUGCAGUUUGGAAUCAUCAGGAAGGGCGGCUUUGUUUGCAGUGAAGGAUUUAUGGUACACGAUGCAGCGUGAGGAACAUAUCACCCCAGAUCCGCGAACUUUUGAGGGUUUGAUCCGCUGUUGCCAGAGACAGGGCGAUGUCGUUUCAGCGCUUCGGUUGGUCGAAGAUAUGGGUGUCAGGGGCAUUACUCCCGACAUUAUGAUCUAUCAGAUAGUAUUGGAUAUGAUGGAGCCGUGGGGGGAUUUAGUCGCUUGUGAACGAACUACUAUAUUGAAAUGUAUCGCUCAGAAUGGCAAAGUUUAAGGGCAAUGUAGUGUAGAUAUUUGAUGAGGUCAUGUUAAGGUUUAGAUAAUGGUAAAGAUCUUGUAUUUAUUUUCUGUACAGUUUUUGACUAGAUGGAUAAUCUGAAAAUUUAGCUUUAAACCUUGUUCUACCGCCUGUAGUUUAUGAAAACUCGUUUUUUUCACGAAAAACUAUUUGAAAUACGUGGAGGGUAU